AUGUCGGUGUCAUCGCGCUUCGAGCUCCGGGCCUCGUCGAACCUUCACCAGCAGCCACCGCCUCCCGUCGGCAUGAGCGGCGAUGUGGGGACAUUCGCCGACGCGGGGAACCUCGAGCACUGCGCCAAGUACCUCAAUCAGACGCUCGUUACCUUCGGUUUCCCGGCCUCGCUCGACCUAUUUGCCACCGAUCCGGUAUCUAUUGCAAGAACAUGCAACUGCAUGUAUGCACUGCUGCAGCAGCGCCAGAGAGACAUUGAAUUCCGGGAAUCGACCAAUGAUCUACGGCAACGUAUGCAGUCUGAUAUUUCAAGACUGGAAGCCAAGAUCGAAAGGAUGGAUGCCCAAUUGGCAGCAAAAGAUCGAGAGUUGGCCACUUUGACCCGAACGGAGGCCAAAAACACCGCAGCUCUGAAAGCUCAUAUUGAGAAGCUGCAGCAGGAACGUGACGAAUUUCAAAAAAUGGUUAUUGGAAAUCAGCAAGUACGCUCCCAACAAAUUCAUGAAACGAAGAAGAAAGAAAAGGAAUACAUCAAAUUGCAGGAGAAGCUAAACCAAGUAUUGAUGGAGAAGAAAAAGGAAUCAUCACGUUCAGGAAUGGAAAUAAUGAACUUGUUGCAGAAAGAGGGACGGCAGCGUGGAACAUGGACUGGAAAAAAGAAUGACAAUGACUACUACAAAAUGAUUGUUGAUGCAUAUGAAGUGAAGAAGCAAGAACUAGUCCAGGAGAAUGCUGAUUUGCGGGCACUGUUACGUUCGAUGCAGAUGGAUAUGCGUGAGUUCCUUAAUGCUCCAACUGGAUCAUCACAGCCUGCUGUUGCUGGUAAUGGAAGACAGGAGGCAGGGUCUCCCCAGUCCCCACUUGGGGGCAAGACGGAUGUCUUUGACUUGCCCUUUCACAUGGCCAGAGACCAGAUAGAGGAGAGUUUGCGCACUAAAAUGGCUUCAGUAAAGGCACGAAUGACGCAACUUCAAGAUGCUCAAAAAGGUGCUGAAGUGACCUCGGAAGUUACCGAGCGUGAACUUGAGCUUGAAGCUCAGUUAGUUGAAGCCAGAAGCAUCAUCCAAGAGCAGGCGUCCAUCAUGUCUAAGCACUUCUCCAAGUCUGAUAAACCAAGCAGGAGGUUAAGUGGCCUGGAUGCCGAGCGUGAGGCGAUUCAUUCUGCUUCUACAGAUGUGUAA